GUGAGGGAGCUGCUGCGCUGGGGCGAGGAGCUGAAGAUCGAGAAGAAGCGCACGCCGUUCGUGGAGCUGCCGCUGGGCGCCACGGAGGACCGCGUCACCGGCACGAUCGACAUCGAGAAGGCGCUGCUGCAGGGCGGCAAGGCCUUUGAGCCGGGGCUGCUGGCGCGCGUGAACCGAGGAGUCCUCUACAUCGACGAGGUCAACCUUCUGGACGACCAGCUCGUCGACGUGCUGCUGGACUCCGCGGCUGGCGGUUGGAACACGGUCGAGCGCGAGGGGAUCUCCGUCAGGCACCCCGCCCGCUUCAUGCUGGUCGGCACCGCACAUCCCGAUGAGGGCGACCUCCGGCCGCAGCUCCUGGACCGCUUCGGCAUGACGGUCUCCGUCAGGACCGCGAACAACUGGCAGUGGCGGAAGGAGGUCUUGUCCCGGCAGACCACGUGGAGCACCAACCCCGACAGGCUGCUGGCCCAGUUCGCGCCGGGGGAGGAGAAACUCAAGGCAAAGAUCCUGGAGGCGAGGCAGCGGCUCAAGGAGGUCACGAUGCCCCGCGAACUGGCGCUCAAGAUCUCGAAGAUGUGCUCCCAGCUGAACGUCGACGGCCUGCGAGGCGACAUCGUGACAAACCGCUCCGCGCGGGCGCUGGCCGCCUUCGAGGGGCGCACCGAGGCGACCGCCCUGGACGUGCGCCGCGUGGCAGUCAGCACCCUGCAGCACAGGCUUCGCAAGAACGUCGUGGCAGAUGGAGUGGACAACAUUCAGAUGGUCGUCGCAGCUCUGAUACGAGUCUUCGGCGAGGGCCCGCCCGUGGCCGGCGGCGUCGAGGACGAGGACCCCGAGAGCGUGGUGCGGGUGGACCUCGCCGCGGCCUGA